GGUUGAAUGUAGAGCAGAGAGCGAGCGAGAUCGCGCGUGUGCACGGAUGUCACACACUCAGCGUUGCGCAUUUCACACGACCUGAGUUCGCCAUCAGACGCUUAACAAAACAGUUAACUUAGCAGAGUACGCAUGCAUCCGCAAACACCCAUGCACUGUAAUACUCGUUUAGUCACGAGCAAACAUCACGCGGGCGAACGUUAUGCGGGCAUCAUUUAACGGCGCGUGCAAGUCGACUAAACUCUGAGCUUCACGUCCACAGACCUCGAGGGGUUGAGGGGUGUAGCAUCCCAACCCCCCUGGGGAACGAUUGAGCCCAAAAUACCAGGUCGCGUUGUUGUCUUUAGCAAAGAAUCGUUCAGUGCGUGCUAAUACUAGUUUGUUGUGCUGCGCUAGGCAUCAUCUCGCGCACCGUUAGCUCAACAUCUCCACACGGCCUCGGAAGUUGAUUGGUGUUGUUGAUGCUUUUGGUCGCCUGAACAAACAUUUCUAUCUGUUCUCUGGACGAAAACACGCUUUAGGAUGCCAGAUCAAAUAUCGGUGUCGGAGUUUCUGUCGGAAACAACAGAGGAUUACAACUCUCCCACCACAUCUAGUUUCACCACCCGCCUGCAAAGCUGCAGGAACACAAUCAGCGUGUUGGAGGAGGCACUGGAUCAGGACAGAACUUCAUUGCAAAAAGUCAAGAAGUCGGUCAAAGCCAUUUACAACUCUGGCCAAGAUCACAUUCAGAAUGAGGAGACGUAUGUCCAGGCACUGGAUAAGUUUGGCAGUAACUUCAUCAGUCGGGAUAAUCCGGAUCUGGGCACGGCCUUUGUUAAAUUCUCCACUCUGACCAAAGAGCUCUCGGCUCUGCUUAAAAACAUGCUUCAGAGUCUGAGUCAUAACGUGAUCUUUACACUGGAUUCCCUGUUGAAAGGUGACCUGAAGGGCGUAAAGGGGGACCUGAAAAAACCCUUUGACAAGGCUUGGAAGGACUACGAAGCCAAGUUUACAAAGAUUGAGAAGGAGAAACGUGAGCAUGCCAAGCAGCAUGGGAUGAUCAGGACGGAGAUCACUGGGGCGGAAAUCGCAGAGGACAUGGAGAAAGAGCGACGGCUUUUCCAACUGCAGAUGUGUGAGUACUUGAUCAAAGUGAACGAAAUAAAGACCAAAAAAGGGGUUGACCUCCUUCAGAACCUGAUCAAGUAUUACCACGCACAAUGCAACUUUUUCCAAGAUGGCCUGAAGACUGCAGAUAAACUAAAGCAGUACAUUGAGAAAUUAGCAGCUGAUCUUUACAAUAUUAAACAAACACAGGAUGAAGAGAAAAAACAGCUCACGGCGCUAAGGGAUCUCAUUAAAUCAUCUCUACAGCUGGACCAAAAGGAGCAGGACUCUCAGAGCAAACAGGGCGGUUACAGCAUGCACCAGCUGCAGGGUAACAAAGAGUUCGGCAGUGAGAAGAAAGGAUAUCUGAUGAAGAAGAGUGAUGGGUUGAGGAAGGUCUGGCAGAGGAGGAAGUGUUCAGUUAAAGGAGGAGUCCUCACCAUCUCUCAUGCCACUUCAAACAGGCAACCAGUCAAACUCAACCUGCUUACAUGUCAGGUGAAGCCCAGCACUGAGGACAGGAAAUGCUUUGACCUCAUUUCCCAUAAUCGCACAUAUCACUUCCAGGCCGAGGACGAGCAGGAGUUUAUUGUAUGGAUUUCAGUGUUAACUAACAAUAAGGAGGAGGCGCUUAACAUGGCAUUCAGAGGAGAGCAGAGCGGAGGAGAUGAUGGACUGGAAGAUCUCACUAAAGCCAUUAUAGAUGACGUGCUACGUAUGCCGGGCAAUGAAGUCUGUUGUGACUGUGGAGCUCCAGAUCCAAAAUGGUUGUCGACUAAUCUGGGAAUUCUGACGUGCAUCGAGUGUUCGGGCAUUCACAGGGAGAUGGGUGUCCAUAUCUCACGAAUCCAGUCCAUGGAGUUGGACAAACUGGGAACCGCUGAACUCUUGCUGGCCAAGAAUGUGGGGAACAGUAGUUUUAAUGAAAUAAUGGAGGGGAAUCUUCCCUGCCCAUCUCCUAAACCCACUCCUGCUAGUGACAUGACUGCCCGUAAGGAGUUCAUAAACGCAAAGUAUGUUGAUCAUAAGUUCGCAAGGAAAACCUGCACUUCAGCAGCUGCCAAGAUGAGUGAAUUGUAUGAAGCGGUCAGGUCACAUGACCUGCUAGCUCUCAUCCAGGUGUAUGCAGAGGGGGUGGAGCUUAUGGAACCACUUCCUGAAUCAGGACAGGAAGCAGGUGAGACAGCACUGCACUACGCCGUGAGGACAGCCAACCACACUUCACUGCACCUGGUCGAUUUUCUUGUCCAGAACAGUGGAAAUCUGGAUAAACAAACAGAGAGAGGGAACACAGCGCUGCAUUACUGCUGUUUGUAUGAGAAACAUGAAUGUCUGAAACUGCUGCUGAGGGGCAAACCAGCUACUGAUAUCACCAAUCAGAAUGGAGAGACAGCGCUGGAUUUGGCAAGGAUGAUGAAGAUCACCCAAUCUGAGGAAGCACUUGCACAGGCUGCUGCAGGAAAGUUUAAUCUGAAAGUCCAUGUGGAAUACGAAUGGAAUCUCAGACUGGAGGAACUUGACGAAAGCGACGAUGACCUGGAUUACAAACCGAGUCCCAUUAAGAAGGACCGCUCUCCUCGGCCGCAGAGCUUCUGUCACUCGUCCAGUCUCUCUCCUCAUGACAAGCUCUCUCUGCCUAGUUUCGUUAGUCACCGUGACAAGCAACGUCUCUCGUACACUGCGCUGACCAAUCAGAUGUAUAGUGUGUCCACCGACUGCCCCUCCUCCCCUGUCUCUGAUGCUCCGCCUCUUCCCCCAAGGAAUGCAGGCAAAGCCACUCCCUCGAAUUCGACACCCUCCACCCUCGCCCCUUCCUCGCAGACCCCCAAUUGUGGCAGCUCCACCCUGUCUAAGAAGAGACCCCCACCCCCUCCCCCUGGACACAAACGCACAUUGUCUGACCCCCCCACCUCGCUCUCAUACACCGUGCCCUGUAAAGGAAGCGAUUCAACACCGCCACCUGUCAACAAGAUGUCUCCUGCAUCAAACAGAUUUGAGGGAAUCCCACAUCAGCAAAGUCUUAACACCAAUAAACCCACACUUGGACCACGGGUUCUUCCCAAACUACCUCAGAAGGUUGCUUUGCGCAAGAUCGACACCAUCCAUCACCCAUCUAUGGAUAAAACCAACCAGCCUCCCGAGGCGAUCGUGUUCCAGAAAAAUCUGCAAAGUUGUGACGCCGCACCGAAAAUCCCGUUAGCCGACAGACCUCAACCUGCAGACGUACCUCCUAAACCCCAGCCUUCAGAAUUACCCCCCAAACCAGGAGAACUACCUCGUAAACCUCAGCUGUCAGACCUUCCUCCUAAACCCCAGCUGGGUGAUCUGCCCCCUAAACCUCAGCUGAAAGACCUCCCGCCCAAACCCAACCUGACUGACAUCUCUCCUCCCAAACCUGUAACCAGUGAAGUUGUACAUAAACCUCCCCCCGGUGAAGUUGCCCCCAAGCCUCAACCAUCAGAUACUCCAACAGUGAUUCUUGAAGAAGAUGUGUCACCUCCUCAACCGGUCAUGGCUAGUGAAGACACCAACGGAAGUCCAACCUCUGCGCAUGACACACCGGUACCGUUACCAAGGAAAAUCAAUCCGAUCAAGAGUAAGAUGCGAAGGGUGAAGACCAUUUAUGAUUGCCAGGCAGAUAAUGAUGAUGAGCUGACUUUCGUUGAGGGUGAGGUUAUCGUGGUAACGGGCGAAGAAGAUCAGGAGUGGUGGAUCGGGCACAUCGAGGGAGAGCCAGAGAGGAAGGGUGUAUUUCCCAUGUCUUUCGUUCAUAUCUUAUCUGACUGACACAAAUGUUGGUCUUCUGCCUCCCACCCAGUGCAAUGCCUCUGGCUAUGGGACGUCACAUACUUGACUUAGCUGCUGAAUCAACAAGUUAUGAUACAAGUUUUAAGAAGAUGGAAUCACCACUAGAGACAGACUGUAAAUAAAGUGUCCCAACAGUACCACCGUUUCUCUUUCUGCUUAUAAAGUUCUACGUCAGAUCGCAUCCAUCCAGCACUUUUCCCGCCUGUAAUACCGUCACUGUAUCUUUGUAUAUAAUGUACAUAAAUGUGUGUGCGUGUGUUUCACACAAGGAUGAGUGUGUGCCUUUGUGCAAAAGUAGAAACUUGUGCUAGUCUGAAAAGGUAAAAGUUUUAGGAAUAAAUGUGGCCGUUGUUGAUAUCCAUGACAGGGACAGAUUAAAGUUUGCUUCUCUUCCGAAUGGAAUAACUGGAUUAAGUUUCCUUAACAUCCAUUUCCUUUUUGUGUUACAGUCACAUUUCUUAAUACACCACUAAAGCAUGUUCAAGAGUAAAUAUCGCUCAUUGCUACUUUGUAAAAUAAUUAACCUGUGCAAUUCAUACACAUUUAACUGUGGUAAACGUUUAUGGUUCUCACCAUAUCAGUGUUCAUCUCAUCUGCACCUGUAGUCUUGCUUCGUGUUUCAGUUAUGUUCCGCAAACAUAAUGGUUACCUAUCCACAUGGCUCCGUGUUACAUUUGACUAUCUUCACAAGUGUUUGAAGUUUGGAUUUGAUACUUGAACUUGUACUUUGAAAUGUUUAUUUUGCAAUCAUGUUGGAGUUAUAUUUUCAAAAAGGAAUGUACUGUAUUACAGUAAGAAUGCUUAUGUCACAAAAUUUUAAGACAAGAUUUUAUCUUGCACUUACUCCAAGGAUUAAAGCCAGCCUGGUGCAGUUUAUUUCACCAAGUCGAACGUUUACUGGAGGGCAUUAUGAAGAGAUUGUUCGGGAGACCUGGAGGUAACUAAUGCACCAAGAAACUGCAGUUGCAGUCAAAUUUAUCCUCAACGGAGUGAUUGUCAGUAAAGUUUAACCCCUUUUCUCCCAUACCUACAGAAACUGGUUGUAUUUGGAUAAACUAUUGAUUAUGUGACUGCAGAUACAGAGGACUGUGUCCACUGUCUGAACAUGUCUGUCAUUUACCAUUCCACUAUCAAUAAAAAUAUUUAAUGUUAAA